AUGCGUGCUGUGGUGCAACGAGUUAAACAAGCAUCUGUUAGUGUAAAUGAUUCAAUUAUCAGUCAAAUCGGUCGUGGAAUACUUGUUCUUAUUGGCUUAUCACGACGAGAUACAGAAAAUGAUAUGGAGUAUAUGGUUAGAAAAAUACUGAACAUUCGAUUAUUUCCAUCUCAAGAUGGCAUAAGACGUUGGGAUAAAAGUGUAAAAGAUUUAAAUCUGGAAAUUCUUUGUGUUAGUCAGUUCACAUUAUAUAGUGAAUUAAAAGGUAAUAAAUUAGAUUUUCAUUAUGCUAUGGAUCCGAAAUUAUCGAAAGAGAUUUAUUCACAGUUAAUUAAUCAAUUAAAGAAGAAUUAUAAUGAAGAUAAAGUUAAAGAUGGAAUUUUCGGCGCAAUGAUGGAUGUCAGUCUUAUUAACGACGGACCUGUUACUAUUACACUUGAUUCAAAUCCAGCUAUUAGUCGAAGUCUUACAAUAAAUUCACAAGAUGAUCUAAAAACUUCGAAUACAUAA